AACGGAACCACGACCUGACCUCCCAUUGUGUGGACCACCACCCACCUUGCCACAUCUGAUUGGGAUGGCCUGAAUUAUUCUACCAACUCGGCUUUCUAUUGUUCCCUUUCCUCGUAUAAGACUUGCCCAGCGCUACCUCCCAGUUAUAACAAAUUCCAGUAUUUCAAAAAAGCAACGGUGAUCGGUUGUUUCGUCAGGCCAACACACCCGAGACAAAUUCCCAUUUCUUCUUACUUCAACAUCCAUGUUGCUCGCCCAGAGGGUCGACUUGACCUUCUCUUCCUUCGAAACCAAAUCAAUCGCUCUCUCUCAUCCCAUUCUAGACGCGCCUUUGGCGCCGUGGUCGUCUUCGCGUCUCUCGUCGUGGGAAACAACUCAAUUGGCGAGUGUCGUAGGACCAACAUCACCUCUAAUACUGGACGAGGAGUUCGUCAAGGAUAAAGUUGGGGCGGAGUCACCCUCGACAUCGCCCUCUUGUUAUUCGGACUUCGAGGUUCAUGAAGGGUUUUCGACUCCAUAUAUUCCUCGGGAUCUUCGCCAGCUAUGCGAGGGCGAGGAAAGCGAUGCGGAAGAUGACGAACAUUCAAAGUUAGAUGUAGACUGCGUGAUCUCAGUGGUCCAGCUGGCUUCAACCGGUCAAGCCGUAGAUUCGGAAGACGAAUCCAUGUAUGACGAAUGGGAUAGUCAUGAUCAAGAUGACAUUAUACCGUUCCUCUAUGGUCUCAAACAAAGUAUUUUCUUGGAAUCUAUGUACCCCAAAAUCGCCCCCCAUAUCGUCAUCACCUUAUGUGAAGACACUUGGGAUGACCACACCAUUGCUUGGUACACACGAGUCGAUAUCCAAUCACCCAAUUACCUUUGUGUUCCCCCGACGGAUGUCUCAGAGUUUGUAUUACAUCCCCAUCACGAUUUUCGUAUUAUAUCCGAUCUUCCCGCUACACUGACACCCCCUCUGGUGUUUAACCACACCAAAUUUCAAAAGCUGAUUAAUCGUUGCUCUAUAGAGCGGCUCAUAAUGUUCGAGGUAAUUCUCGUUUUGCGAAAACACCUGUGUAGGACAGUGGUCCGUGUUCGUACUUCUCCUAUCUACGUUCCCUGUUCACUCUUUCGUUGGCAGGCUUUCGAGGCGAGUAAGUUAGCCUUAGCACUCCGACAACGUUACGACGGCCAUCUUCCCUUCGAGAAAAUCGAGAGUUCCUUCCAUUGGACAGACCCCGCUGAGUCGCUUAUAUCUUGCUACAGACGAUACCACGGCACAACGUUCAUUGAAUCUUCUUCCCCGUUCCGAGUACCCCAUAUCGUGAUAUCAGCCCCACCUCCUGAAAACCCUUGGUUCAAGUGGUUGAACCAGGUGAAUGACCCACAGGACUCUGGCUUUGGCCGGUACCUCGUUGUCCCAGCUCGUGGUGUUGGAUUCAUCAAUGAACUGGAAGACCCCUUCCACGAUUACUAUGCAGAAUCAGAGGUAUACGGAUACGACGAGUGCUCUGAAACCAGCUUCAAUAGUACAAUCGAGUCCUACCGCUUCUUUAUCGCCGACGAUCUCGAGGAGGACAAUGUUAGUUUUUCACCCGAAACGCCUACCGACAGGGAUGAACUGCAAGACUUCAAGACAGGCUUUGAACGAGCAUUAGGGUUCAAGUUUGGGAAAAGCCCGCUAGAGGACCAAAAAGAGACACAAGAUCUAUCAGAUGACGAUCUUUCCCUCACUAGAUGUGGCAUCAGCGUUCUCAUGGACAGGUUCAAUGUCAUGGAAUGCGAACCUGGCGUUGAACACCCUGCCCGUCCCAGCUGUCAACCACACGUUUUGCCUUUGACAUCGGAGAACGACUGGUCGAGUUUUGACGACAACGAUGGGGACAAUGAUGCUGAGGACGAUCUUCCUCCUCUCGAUGAAUGGUAUCAGUCCGUCAUGCGGCGGGCAGAUGCGCUUCAGACCGUAAGCGUGAGCUAGCGGUCAAUAUGAAAUACUUCUUUCGUGCCCGCCGCCUCUGUUUCUACCAACAUCUCAAUAGGACAGGACAGGACAACUCCCCAGAUACCCUCCUAUUACCACCACAAAUGGGAUCUUCACGUUACGAGUUUUUCCGCUACUACUGCAUACUGUCAAGUGGACCUAAUCGCAUCGUCGUUGUUUGUGUAUCAUAUAGUAUCUCUUCUCAUCUACACCCGUUGUAUCAAUACAACCGUAGCUCGAUCUAGUUUCACUGCAUGGCUUUCUGGAUUCUCUGGUUCACGGAAUUUGUGUUGUGGUCCUUCCCUAUGACACCGUACAGCACAAGUAUGGCGGUUCGGGAAAGUCUAAAUAUGUCAUUCAAACAGAC